UCGAGGCGCCUCCGACUGCCUCUCCCCUUGAACGCGAUUACCACAAAGCAGAUUUCUCCGAAAUACAUCACCAAUUCAUCAGUCUCAAGAUUCUACACAUCCCACAGCAGCAUUCAUCCGAAAUCGACCCAGCCAUGAAAUCCCUCAUCUCAUUGAUCGUCCUGUUCGGGACAAAUGCAGCCUGUUCCUACGGCGCCAGCUCAUGCCAAACGGUCAACCAACCAGCAACGUCAGACAUACCUUGCACCAACGGUCCCAGCACACGAGCAUGCUGGAAGGACGGAUUCAGCAUCGACACGGACUUUGAUACACAGUUCCCCAUCACCGGCAACACCGUGUCGUACUACCUGAAGCUCACAAAUACCACCUGCAACCCCGACGGCCACGGUGAGCGAGUCUGCCUGCUGGUGAAUGACCAGUACCCCGGUCCCACCAUUCGCGCUUCCUGGGGCGAUAUCGUGCAAGUCACGGUCGAGAAUGCACUGCAACACAACGGUACCUCGAUCCACUUCCACGGCGUGCGUCAGUUCAACAGCAAUGGAGAAGAUGGUGUGAAUGGAGUCACCGAAUGUGCUCUCGCCCCUAACCAUACCAAGACGUAUACAUUUCAGGCCACGCAAUUCGGAACCGGUUGGUACCAUUCACACUUCAGCGACCAGUACGGAGAUGGUGUCAUCGGGCCCAUCGUCUUCGAGGGUCCGGCCAGCGCCAACUACGAUAUCGAUCUCGGCCCCUAUAUGCUGAACGAGUGGUACUACAUGACCACCUUCCAAGCUAGCUCCCUCGCGCUCGCGAAUCUGCAGAACCCGAACCCUGGGCCAGCGCAGGCGCCUCCGAUCUCCAACAACAUCCUGAUCAAUGGAACGAACAAAGACGCCGAGGGCAAUGGUAAGUACAAUCAAGUGAGCAUCGUCGCGGGCAAGCGAUACCUUCUGCGGCUCAUCAACUCGUCUGUCGACCAAUUCUUCCGCGUCUCGCUCGACAACCACACGAUGCAAGUCGUGGCGGCGGACUUUUGCCCCGUCAAACCCGUCUACACCAAGACUCUGCUCAUGAACGUUGCGCAACGCUACGAUGUGAUUAUCGACGCCAACCAGCCUCCUGGCAACUACUGGUUUCGUGUCUCGUCCGCUACUGAAUGCGUCAGCCUCAAUCACGGCCAGGGACUGGCAGUCUGGACGUACGAGGGAGUUGAGCCCCAGACUCCCACUACCACUGGUAACCCUACUGAGGGCGGCUGCGUUGAGCCUUCUUAUCUCGCGCCAUACUGGGACCAACCUGUACCUUCGUCCUCUUUUGCGAGCACAGCACAAACACUCAACGUGAGCCUCACCAACCAAGUCAUCACAAACGGCGGCGACAGCGUCUUCGUCUGGGCCCUCGGCAACUCCUCGCUCAAUCUGGACCUUGGUCAGCCGACUCUCAGCUACAUCAUGGACGGCAACUCCAACUACCCGAAUGAGUACAACGUGAUUCCCACCGUCAGCGAAGGCGGCUGGAACUACUGGAUCGUCCAACAAACAGCACGCAGCCCACCCAUUCCGCAUCCCGUCCAUCUCCACGGCCACGACUUCUUUGUUCUCGGCCAAGGGAUUGGCGAAUUCGAUAUCAGCGGCGCGCAGUUGAAUUGGGAUACACCGGUGAGAAGGGACACCGCGACCAUGCCGGCGGGUGGCUGGCUGGCUUUGGCGUUCACUUCAGACAAUCCAGGUGCUUGGCUGAUGCAUUGCCAUACCUCGUUCCAUGUGAGCGAAGGCUUCGCGAUCCAGUUUCUCGAAUCGCCGUCUCGGAUCCUCAUGCCGAAUCGGACAGCUUACGACCAGGUGUGCAACGCUUGGAAGGAGUACAGGCCGACUGCAUAUUACAAGAAGGUGGAUUCGGGCGUUUGAGAGGACUGGUUUGAAGCAUGAAUGAGUCGUGCAUACUGUGGCAUUGAUUCAUAACACUGUCGUAACCUUCUGUAUUGGUUUUGAAGA